UAUGAGCGAUGUUAUAUCCGUGUAAACCUUAGCUUUACGCUAACUGCCGAGGUAAUAGUUUUACUGUUUUGCGUUAUAUCCGUUGUCAUUUAUACUUUAUUUGUAGUAAAACCAAAGACUGUUCCACCUCAUAUAAUGGACAGUGAAAUGUCUGACACCGACCCUGUGCCAGGGCCUGAGACCAGCAGCAUGGAGGGGGAGAAUGCACCACUUUACUGUAUCUGCCGGAAACCAGACAUCAACUGCUUCAUGAUUGGCUGCGAUAACUGCAAUGAGUGGUUCCACGGCAACUGCAUUAACAUCACUGAGAAGAUGGCAAAGGCAAUCCGCGAAUGGUACUGCAUGAGAUGCAGAGAUGAAAAUUCCUCACUGGAAAUAAAGUACAGAUCAAAGAAAAACCGAGAGAAGGAAUCUGAGCCUGACAGAGCUGAAAAACAGUACAGCACCCCAAGUACUCCAGACUAUAAGAGUGAAAGGAGGCGUGGAUCAAAGGUGAAGCGUUCAGUCCGAAUGUGUGGGGAAUGUGAGCCCUGCAGACGGACUGAGGACUGUGCCCAGUGUGACUUCUGCAAGGACAUGAAGAAAUUUGGAGGUCCCAACAAAAUCAGACAGAAGUGCAGGUUUAGGCAAUGCGAGGUUCGAGCCAGGAAAAUGCUGCGUGUGAAGGAUGAGGAAUUCUCUUUGCGGGAAAGGAGGGACAAUUCCUACCACAGGCGGAGACGGUACUCUGACGACUACGACAGCGAGGCAGAUCUGUAUCAACAGUACAAGGCAGCAGGACUUGACGACAACAUGGCAUGGGGUAGUGAUGAAGAUGAUGAGCCACCAUUUAGCCCUGUCAUGCGUAAGAAAGCAGUGAAGGUGAAGCACGUCAAGAGACGAGAAAAGAAGUUUGACAAGAAAAAGGAGUCUCGUCGCCACAAACAGAAGCAGAAGCACAAAGACAGAAGCAGGCACAGUGAGAAGGGGGAUUUGCGGGAUAAUGUGGGACUUCGCCAGUGUCUGGGGCCAAACUGUGUGGAGGCAGCAAGAUCCAACUCCAAAUACUGCUCUGAGGACUGUGGCAUGAAGUUAGCUGCCAACCGGAUCUAUGAAAUCCUCCCCCAGCGUAUUCAACAGUGGCAGCAGAGUCCCUGCAUCGCUGAGGAGCAUGGGAAGAAGCAGCUGGAGCGCAUCCGCCGGGAGCAGCAGAACGCCCGGUUGCGCCUCACCGAGAUGGAGCGACGCUUCCACGAACUGGAGGGCAUCAUCGCCAAGGCCAAGCAGCAGGCGGUUCAGCAGGACGAGGAGGUGAAUGAAGGUGACAGCGAGGACACAGAUCUGCAGAUUUUCUGUGUGUCCUGUAGUCAUCCCAUCAAUCCAAAAGUGGCCCUGAGACAUAUGGAGAGAUGUUACGCAAAGUAUGAGAGUCAGACCUCCUUUGGUUCCAUGUACCCCACAAGAAUAGAAGGAGCAACCAGACUCUUCUGUGAUGUGUACAAUCCCCAAAGCAAAACAUAUUGUAAGAGGCUUCAGGUUUUGUGUCCAGAACAUUCCAGAGAUCCCAAGGUCCCGGUAGAUGAGGUAUGUGGAUGUCCUCUGGUGAAGAAUGUGUUUGAGCUGACAGGAGAGUAUUGCAGAGUCUCCAAAAGAAAAUGCAACAGACAUUACAACUGGGAAAAGCUUCGGAGAGCCGAGGUGGACUUGGAGCGAGUCAGGGUGUGGUACAAAUUGGACGAGCUCUUCGAACAGGAGCGUAACGUCAGGACUGCUAUGACCAACAGAGCUGGUCUGCUCGCUCUGAUGUUGCAUCAGACUAUUCAGCACGACCCCUUGACGACUGAUCUCCGUAGCAACAAGGAUAGGUAGUCGACCUAGCUCUAAUCGGUGGAUCACUGUACAUAACUUGAGGUCUGAGUGUUAAAGAUUUAAACUUAUAGAAUAAGAACAGUUGUGAUGAAAACCUGUUUUCUAACUAGAUGAUUAUUUUAAAAUCUUUGUAUGAUAAUUAACUUUAAGUGGUAAAUGGAUAUAUAUUUUUGUCCUGACUGGUAGAUGAACUACUGCUGAUUGAAAAUUGCUGUUUUUGAUGUGAAUGCUCUGAAUAAACACCUUAAAGCUC